CUGAGUUUUCCCUGUUUUUUUUAAAAGCCAACUGCCAUUUUCAGAAGCCAGCAGCCGAAAGAUGCCUUCUUCACAUAUGGAAGACCAAAUUGUCGAAUUUAUCCACGAAUAUCAAGAAAUAAACGGUACCCAUGUGCAAGUGUAUGAACAACCGCCUUCAAGCGUUGAAUUUUUACGCAACUGUGUGCACCCAAACAGACCUGCAAUCAUCAAAAACGCCUUUUCUCACUGGCCUGCAUAUACCCUAUGGACCAACGAAUACUUGCGCGAGAAAUUGGGUGACUCCAUUGUCACGGUAGCGACAACUCCUAACGGUUAUGCAGACGCAGUAACAUACGAUCCCGUCACCGAUCGCGAAUACUUUGCACUCCCGCAUGAACAGUCAAUGCCGUUCGGACGGUUUCUCGAUAUCAUUGAAGGCAAAGCGUCGACGCCACACGCCCAUUACAUUUCAUUACAAAACGACAGUCUGCACACGGAAUACUUGGCGCUCAAGGACGAUAUUGAAGAAGAAAUUGGCUGGUGUAGUGAAGCACUGGGCAAAAAACCGGAUGCUGUGAACUUUUGGAUGGGCAAUGACAAGAGUAUCACCUCGUUGCAUAAAGAUCCGUACGAGAACUGCUAUGCGGUUUUGCGCGGUACAAAGACGUUUGUCCUAUUACCACCGUCCGAGUACUAUUGUAUGCACGAGAAACUUUAUCAAAGUGCCAUUUAUACACCUGAUACGACAGCCGGGUCCUAUGAACUGAAACCAAUGGAUCCGCCUAUGCAAACACCCUGGAUCCCUGUCGAUCCAUUACACCCAGAUUUAGAGCGAUAUCCACGAUUCAAGCAUGCUCGGCCUAUUACUGUCACUAUUGAAAAGGGCGAUAUGCUAUACCUUCCAGCUCUUUGGUUUCAUCAAGUUCUUCAGCACGGAGACGAGGGUGUCAUUGCCAUCAACGCAUGGUAUGACAUGGACUAUAGAAAUAUAUUAUAUCCAAGUUUCGGUCUGUUCCGUAACCUUUUAUUGGAAAAUAAAGAGUCAGAAGAAGAAGACGACGACGACGAUGUAUAAAACCAAAA